GCCAACAAUGAAACCGUGUCAAACAUUUAUUGCUUGAUCUUCAACUCUUGUUCUCACCAUCUACUGCCUCCUCGUAUAUCCAUUUUGUGCGCGCAAGCUGAGUAAAAAUAUUAGCUAGCUAGCUACGAUGGCUCUCAUCAACGCGGGCACCAUCAUCCGCUCAAUAUGCCUGUUUCAUAUCACUCUGGGGUUCUUUUUCCUCACGUCGCCUCAUACUGUGGCUGACCAAACACUCGUCUUUAUCAUGGGUGAAGCUAUGGGCCUUCCUCACGUUCGCGCGUUCGACUCUCCAUCUGCGCCACUCGCUUUCCUGGGAGUUGUACUGGCCUUCUGGGGCUUCAGCGACCUCAUUGCCGUCUCCCAGCCCGAAGAAAUCGCAAACCACUACUGGUCAUCCCAAGCUCCCAUCCGUCUCGUCCUCUUCUUCGCCUUGUCCGGUUAUAGCUACCUGUUUUCGGCAAAGUCGCCAAUGUAUAAGGCGUCCGGAUACAUAACGAGCUCGUGGGGCGAGGGCUUGAAGAACAGGGUCUUGUUUACGUGGGCGUUUGUGGAGAUGAUUACGUGGUUCUGGAUAUGGACUACGUUGAGGGAGGAACGGAGGGACAUGCUGGUUAAGGCGCAGGAAAAGAGGGCGCAGGAAGACGAUCGGUUAUAAGACACAUGUCACGAAUGAUACGAAAUUGUCACGUUAAUUUAAUUGAA